AUGGCCACCAUGACGGGCGAAUCCGCGCCCAUCGUGCCGGACGCACCAUCUGAGACGUCACCUCUGCUUGGCCCCGAGAUUGGACGUGUGAGGGCCGGUUCCGAGGAUGCCAGCAGCACUGCAGUGGCAACCCAGUCAUCAGACGAUGACGAGCAUGUUCAAGGCAAGCCCCGGUCGGCCAACAAGAUGCAAGUCAUCAUAUUGGCCGUAGGUAUUGGUAUCUUUCUCUGUGCCGUUGACCAACUCCUCACCGUGGCAACAUAUGCCAAGAUCGGCUCUGAACUUCAGGCCCUGAACAACACAAGCUGGAUAGCCACGGCGUAG